UGACCUAGUUGACAGGUUCUGAGGUGUUCCUGUGGCGGUGUCUGCGGAGCUGAGACGGUUGGGAACCAGAGCCCAGCGCGGGCUGAGGGACGAGGGCGGCGACUGGAGGGCUGCUAGCAGCGUGGCACGCGGCACCUUUUUCACUUUUUCUCUCCCGAGUGCCCCUCCUAUCCCUCCCACUCCACACCACCCCGUUUGCCCGUGAGCCUGGGGAACUUGCAGCUUAAAGCCAGCCACCCCCACGGCAACAUGUACCCCAGCAACAAGAAGAAAAAGGUGUGGAGAGAGGAGAAAGAACGCUUACUGAAGAUGACCCUAGAGGAAAGACGUAAAGAAUACAUAAGGGACUAUAUUCCCCUGAACACUAUCCUAUCAUGGAAGGAGGAGGUGAAGGGCAAGAGCCAAAAUGAUGAAGAAAAUACUCAGGAAACAUCACAAGUGAAGAAAAAUUUGAAUGAAAAAGUUUCUCUCUAUAGAGGUGACAUCACAUUGCUAGAGGUAGAUGCUAUAGUCAAUGCGGCAAAUGCCAGUCUUCUUGGAGGAGGAGGUGUGGAUGGCUGUAUUCACAGAGCAGCUGGCCCCUGUUUGCUUGCUGAGUGUCGUAACCUGAAUGGCUGUGAAACUGGACAUGCAAAAAUCACAUGUGGCUACGACCUGCCUGCUAAAUAUGUCAUCCAUACAGUAGGGCCGAUAGCAAGAGGACAUAUUAACAGUUCCCACAAGGAAGACCUUGCAAAUUGCUAUAAAUCAUCUCUGAAGCUGGUGAAAGAAAAUAACAUCCGAUCAGUUGCAUUUCCCUGUAUUUCAACAGGCAUUUAUGGUUUCCCGAAUGAGCCUGCUGCAGUGAUUGCCCUCAGCACCGCUAAGGAAUGGCUAGCCAAGAAUCACCAUGAGGUGGAUCGAAUUGUCUUCUGUGUCUUCCUAGAAGUCGACUUCAAAAUCUACAAAAAGAAAAUGAGCGAGUUUUUCCCCAUAGGUGAUAAUGAAGAAAAAGAUGUUGACAUGAAAGAAGAUCCAGAGAGGUUAGAGACAAAAGGCCUCUCUCCACCCCAAAAGAAGAGCAAAGCAAAGAAGCCAGAAAGUCUCAAAGAUUCUAGUGAGGAUGAAAAUGGUCCAGAGGGAAAACAAAGUGUGGAAGAAAUGGAAGGGCAGAGCCAAGAAGCAGAUGGUGUCAAUGCUGCUACUGUGCACAGCUCUGCUUCAGAAGAGGCAGCUGAAGUCUGUAAAGAUGAAGAAUCUGCAAAAGAUGACAAUAUUACAAAAGACAGUGAAGUAACAGAUCAUUCUGUGUGUGACGAAGACAAUCCCAAUGGACAAGAGAAUGAUGCAAUGAAGAAUGAAAUAAAAAUUGAGGAAGAGUCACAGAGCUCAUUCAUGGAAACAGAAGAGUUUUCAUCAAACCAAGAAGAUACCACAAUUGUGGAGCAAGAAGAAGUGAUUCCACUUACAAGUGACCAAGAGGAAAAAAAGGAGAAAGCUCAAGGAGAGGACAUGCCUAGGGUUUCUGUGAAAAACAAAGGUUCCUGCAACACAGAAAACACGACAAGUCCUGAUGUUGAAAUGAAUAGUCAGGUUGACAGUGUAAAUGACCCAACAGAGAGUCAGCAAGAUUAA